AUGGCUCCUCGAACGCAAAAUCUUGAGCGCAACGCUGUAUCCCACGAUGAGCAAGUUCCUCACAAAGGAGACGUGUGGAAGGCGAUGGAAGGAUCAAUUGUUUCUCCAGACUAUACACAGACUCUCGUAGCCCGCUCUGAUGAUUACAGCCUAUCUUGGACUUAUGCCUACGCGCAGAGCGACUACGGCGACAUAAUUACGGCUGACGCAGAGCCCUGGUCCAGCGCGGCGAUGAUUCCAGGAGUGGAGCCUAUACAGCAUCAUCCUUCAAAUUAUACCAUGCUUUUCACGAGAGGCUGGUUUAACAUCGAGACCCCUUACACCAUUUACCGUCCUGCCCCAAUCACAGAAGCCGACCGCCGGCGGAUUUGUAUCCUCCCCUAUGUCAAUUCGAACUGGCUGCCUGCCGAGGCUCUAGCCAGUUCUGUCGACCAGCCUUACAUGACCCGGUUAGCUUCGGGCACCGCUGACGCUCUAUACUCACGCGUCCAACGUUAUCAAGCAAUUUGUCAGGCCAUCAUCUCUUACUUCGACAUUGCCCGCUGCGCGCCGCCGAUGGAUCUCCUAGAAUCUCCUCGCCUGUUCGCGCAGCCUCGAGACGCGAUGGAUCAUGUACGGCGCUUAUGUCAUCUGCAACUCCUCGUCUGGGGUUGGCAGGGACUGAUACGUUGGGCUUUUAGUUCGAUAAGCUCGGAACGCUGGCCUCGUACCCCUCUUCCGUUGCAAUGGGACUGGGCCGCAUUCAUCGACGGAGAAGACCUCUUCAGGCACCCGUGUAUCGGAGCUGUAGUAGACUGGGGAGGAUUGCCGGACAGACGGUGGCCCAAUGUUUCCUGGUUUUUGCGCAGAGGAAUCCGGAUGGACUGGUUACUAUCGCGAGACAUGCGCUUUUACCCACCUCUAGGAAACAUUGGCCCCAACCUUGGAAAUAUUCCGUUUGCCGGUCGAUUUGGCCGAUCGCCCUCCCCCGUACACGUUGCUCCCCGAGCAGCGCCCAGUUCGCUAUCCAAUUCUAGAGCAUCGUCACCCAUUGCGCAAAUGGGAUCUCCACCACCACCCGGCACGGAUCCAGUCCCAGAUUUUGACUGGCCUGCGCCGCCGCUACUCACGCCCUCUAGUCUAUCUCGAGACCUUGCUCGCCGUAAUCACAAUGACCGUUACGAUCAACAGAAAUGGGGAAACGGACGGGGCCGGUUCGAUUUGCUUCUGCUCUUUUCUCGUUGCGACUCAACUCGAGUAGCAGGUGCGAGUGGAGGGUUUUCGGCGGACGAUUUCCGUUAUGCUACACUCCUACCCCACCGCGAUAUCUCAAAGGUUAUUCAUUUCGAAUUUCGACGAGAUUGGCCCGGCCCGCGAAUAGGUGGUUUUAUCCUUCCCCCUCGGGCUUAUCGAGGACAGGAGAAGCCGGAAAUCCCUGACUCCAGUGAGGAAUACGCUGAUGCCUCUGUUGACCGCGGAUAUCCUCCGUUGGAACAGGUAACAGCAGGGUGUGAGGACGCAGUCGAUGUGGAUGAACAGGUACCGAUGCAGGGUGUGAGAGAUAGUGUCGUUAUCCACGAAUAUUCCAGACAGCCCAUUGACGAGGAGGAUGAGAAGGUGGACUAUGAGCCGUCGACUGCACCUAAUUCGCCUCGGGCCGGAGUUCAGGAGGAGCCGACUCCGGUGGAGGACGAGCAGGAUGAGAAGGUGGACUAUGAGCCGUCGACUGCACCCAACUCGCCUCGGGCUGGAGUUGAGGAGGAACAGACUCCAGUGCAGGAAGAGGAGGUACAUAGAUCCUUCGGUUGCUUUCACGGUUCCUCACCUACGGACAAUACAGCGGAAACCUUACCUACGUCAGCAAAGGGCAAGCAGAAGGCUUCGGGUCUUCUACCUAUCGCGCAGAGGUCUACCUUAUCAAACGAGGACGCUCGCCUUACGCAAAGCCUAGAGAUGGAACAGCGGCAGUUUCAAUGGGCUCAGACUGACUCGCUGCGAAAUCUCAAUCGUAACACUGCAGCUGGUGAAUCUUCAUCGGGCCCGGGCAAUCACUAUUUCCCCCGGACGAUCUCACCAGCAGGUCCUCGACGAAGGUCCAACAAUCCUCUUGAGCCGCGUCGAUCCUACCACCGUCCCUUAUACGACUCUUACCGGCCCAGUCACUCCGCUCGUCGACCUUCUCGAUCAUCAGAGGUGGGGCACUCGCGUCGCUUUCAUAGCGGUGAUAUGGAACGAAUUCGUCCUCGUCUCCACAGAUAUCAGCCUUCAUCUACUUUCCCACCUCCAGAUCACGAUGUCGCCCCAUCUCGUUCGCAUCACCCAGAUACAAGGCAGAAUGGACCUCCUCGGCCGGCUGUUCAGAGGACGGUGGAAACAACAAGUGCGAUGCACUACAGUCAUUUCGGAGAAAGUUGUUCGGCAAGAUCCAUGGAACGAGAAACAGUACUCGAAAACGCGUCAGGGUCUGCCUCUCUUUCGCCAUCCCGGACGUUCGGACUAGAGCCAGACGGUCGCCCUAUGACUCGGGAGAUGUCUGAGACCUUACAAUCCCGGUCGCCGGCUCCCCUGGACGUCGAUCGUACCAUCGCCAGGCCUGCAAGCCCUGUGCAUCACACUUUAGCAUCUGUCGAGCUAUCGGAACAGUUGCUGCGUGGAGACGAGAACCAACCCUGGCCCUGGACGGAAGCGAUAGCGAACGAUCCCUCGGUGCAGGAACUUGUCAGUACUGACGCCAGUGUAACCCUCAUUCGUGGAGAUCGAGCACCACUGGAAUUGCCUCAUCGACUACGUCCCUCGAUGGAAGGCUUCAUCUAUCUCACAGGCCAUGGAAUCUUACGCGCUGCGGUAUGGAGGCAUCGUGUAGGGUGGCAUGCAUGGGAAGAAUUUGUUUUAUAUCUCUUUGGGCACGGCAUACCGUUUGAAUGGGCAGUGCCCACCGCACUCGUGACGUCGUUAGACCGAGUCCCACCGCCUUUAUCUUGGAUGCAGACAGAUCCCGUCACUCAAUGGUGGAAUCAUCAUACAGGCAACAUCGUCGACUCUUGGUCUUGGGCACUAGCAGAGGUGCUCCGUCGUCCGCACGCCGUGCGUGCUCUGGUCAGUGGUGGAGUCCUAUGGCGAUUGGCGAUUGAGUUCGGACCUGCCGGCCUCCUUCGCGAAGCCGUUCGAGGCCCAUCGAUAGUUACUACUCACUAUCGCAGGGGCAGGGCCCAUGCGAGAGCCGUUCCCACCUCAAGCGAUCAGUUAUCGCGAGUAGAGAUCAAUGCUCUUACAGGCCGUCAUCCGUCUGGUCGGUCUCUCUGGCCUACCAACGAGGAGCUGUUCGUUGGACGUGUUUGGAAUGGCGAAUGGUCGCGGUGGUGCGAGAAAUGGUUCGUGGAACGGUUAAACGAGAUACGUUCGACGGCUCAAGAAGUCCAAGCGGGCCGUAGGCCCCCUGAGAAUGUUUUUGUUCAGUCUGGAGGAUGGAUACGUCAGCUGCGCCUCGCUGCCAAAUCUUCGCGAAGAAAACUGGACGGGCCCGGGUCUGAAGCAUGGGUCGGCGAGUUUGCUUCACGUAUGUCGGGUUGGUCUCGCUUGAACGUUAUCCAUAUCAGUGGAUCCCCAGCCGAAACGGAUAUCUCUGGUGACCCGGGCAAGGAUAAGGUUGACGAUCGUAUGGAGGAAUGA